UCUUUCUGCUGUUAUCGAUUUUCACGAUAGUGAACGUAUUUCAGCUGACAACGAUAUGCCAUUCGAUACUUAUUUAAGCGGGAAAAACAAAAACAAACCUUUCUAUUCGCGAAACAGAAGCGUUUUUGAAAUUAGAGACAUAGAGAUGUCUGACAGAAAGAAAGGCCGAAGACGAUCAAGUCUGGCAGCAGCGAGAAUUCAUUUUGAUCUUACAUUGGAGACAGGCAAAGGCUUGCACAAGAUUGUGGAUGGCCGUCUUCCGGAUGAAGCCCGGCUUGCAGAACUCUCCAAACUGGCUAUCAAGCAUGGCAUGGACCGGUACAUUGAUGGUGUGGUGUCAGAGGAGACAAAGGACCUCAUGAGAACCCUCAUUCCAGAUGUUCAAGCCAUAGUAAACACUGCUGAGGCCAGGGAACUCAUAGCCGGGGCCUGCAACUGUGACAGACUUCUGCCCAACCCAGACAAUGAGGAGAUGGAUGAGACUAUACACAUGCUGGAGGAGAGAAUAAACAGACUGGGUAAUGAAGAGGCUAUGUGGAAGGAGUACCUGGAGGAACUGACUGUGGCAACACAGAAUAUGGAGAGAAAGGCAGAAUGUCCUGUGAUUCAGUCUUCAGACCUCAGCUCCACGCAGCGUCAACUGGCCGACGCCUACCUGCCUUCAUUGACAGACCUGAGGCAGGUGGCUCAACAGGCAGAGAUGGCCAGAAAACAAAACUUUAACAAUCUACACCAACACCGUGAGAACAUCCACAGUAUGAAGCAGUCCCAAGCCUUGCUGAACAAACGAAUGGACGAGAUACACUCAAAACUCCUACGUGACGAUAGCAGGUCGAUGUCAAGCCCUCGACACCAUAUUGAGAACCUCAUAGAGUUUCCCUCACCCUGACACAAGGAGUUGAGGAGGGCUGUAAAUACGGACCUGCGGCCAGUCUUAUAAAUGAACGUGUAUAUGUGACAAAUAAAAUUAACUAUGUUGUUUAUAA